UGUGCGGAAACUCUUGAGCUUUUGUCUUCAUCUUCCCAAAAUAACAAACCUCAUCGAAUCAGAUUAGAAUAACUUCAACCUCGCUAAGAAUGAAAAUGAAACUCGCUGUUGUAACGUUCGUCAUCAUCUCCCUACUCCUCUCAUCUUCUUUGUUCAUGUUUUCAGAAGCCUCACCAUGCGACGGAAAAUGCAAUGCGAGAUGUUCAAAGGCAGGAAGACAAGAUCGGUGUCUCAAGUAUUGCAAUAUAUGUUGUGAGAAGUGUAACUUCUGUGUUCCCUCCGGCACUUAUGGAAACAAAGAUGAAUGCCCCUGUUACAGGGAUAUGAAAAACUCCAAAGGCCAUCCCAAAUGUCCUUGAACAUGUCUUGAAGAUAAUCUUCAUAUACAUCAUAUCUAUUAUACACAUAAAUACUACAAUGGUGGUUGGCGCAUGAAAUAAUGAGUUUGAAUAUGUUUGUAUGAAAAAUGUGAAAGAUCUUGAUUAUAAACGUAAUGUGUUGUAAAAAAAACGAAAUAAUCUACUUUUAAUAUCAAUACUAUUAA